GGGCUUGACGGAGAGAACGAGGGAAGGGAAGGCUGGGGCACCUGGGCGUGCGGCAGUGGCAACUGCCGUCCGCACCGUGCGCCUAGGAGCCGGAGGAGCUGCAGUUCAGUUGGGAUUUGGAUCCGGCCGGCCGGUGCAAGGUUCCCCGAUAUAGAUCCUUCUCCUUCCCCUCUCUGGAGAGCAGACCGAUGAAGAGGAUUCUCUCUGUGAGCUUUUCCCCGAUCUCCUCUUCCUCCCAGUGGUCUUUGGCCGGUUGAAUCCGAGUCUUCCUCGGCUUGACUUGGCGUUCGGAGAUUUGGAAGUGAGUGGUGUUGGUCCGGAGCUGCAUACGCCGGAAGUUCGCCCACACGUGCCGCGUGCAAUGUGGUUUGGGCAUUGUAUCUCCGUCUUCCUUAUUGUCGGCGCUACGGCGGGCAAUCGGAUUUCUGGGACUGCGACCGACGAGUCGUGCCUUGCCCCGAUUAUUCAAUCUCUUCAUCUCCUUUCACUGUGUAAUCUUCUGAAAAUCCUAUCUGAAAGCAACUUUGUUCACUGCCCACACUGCAACUUCCUGCUCAUUUCUCGGUCCAGUGAUUGUGGCUCAACCAGUAGAUUUGCGAUUUGUUGGUGACGGAGAUAUAUAAUCAGUAUUAUAUAUUAUAUAUAUAUAUUUCGUGUGUGUGUGUAUAUAUAUUGAGAACGUGUCUGAGCAUAUAUUUUUAUUAAGAGGAAGAGUCCGUGUUGUCCUUUCAGAUUCUCUUAAUUUUGUUUUUCUAUCUCACCUUGGAGCCCGUCAAUGUAGUAUUCUUAGUCACUAAGAGUCAGUGGAUCAGACAUGUGACACUAGAUUCAGACAUGAAAUGUUGAAUAAAAACAUAGAAAGCAUCUGCCUUCAACAGAGAGUACAAUUUUUUUGUUGACUCCAAGGCAAUUUAUUCCCACAGAAGAAGCUAUUUCUUCCCGUGACGAACAAACGUGUAGACGUCGGGGAAAUGCAACUCCACAACGUGGUGUCCACGUACUUUUUAUCUCAAUCAUCUACCUCUUAUCCAUUUGUUGAUUUUCUUUUAUAUUUUAUUUUUUUAUCUAACCUUUUAAUAUGAAUCUAAACACAAAUAUAUAGUCGAGUUAAAGGAUACUUACGCACUAAGUUCUGGAAUUUCCGUCAGGAGAGCAGCCAGCCACCAGCACCAAGUCAGCAUUCAGCAACAACCAACCCGUUCCUGGUCUCUCUCUUAAAUUGAAGCCUUCUCGCCGACGAAUAGUCGGCAGAAGCGCCUGCCCCUUCUUCAGCCUGUCCCAGUUGGUCACCAGCUUCCCUAAAAAUACUGCAAAACGCACGAAUAUGUAUGCUGGUUAGUCGGGCUGUUUCGUUGCUCUGCCCUUAGCUGAUGCCGUGCAGGCGAGAAAGAGGAGCUCAUCGCCGAGGCCGUCGACUUCAGCAGGCCUGCAGAGCCGGAAGCAACUCCUCUCCUCUGUGAGUAUUGGGAGGAGAUGCCGCCACCGGAUCCGACACCGCCGGCGACCAUCCGUCUGGGAGCUCCGCAUCCGUACCUGAAAACCCAUGGAGCCAAGGUUGCGAGGCUGCACCUGUUCGACUGGGUCGUGCUGGUCCUUCUUGUGGCCAUCGACGUGGGGCUCAACCUGAUUGAGCCUUUCCACCGGUUCGUCGGAGAAGACAUGAUGACAAGCCUCCGGUACCCCAUGAAGAAGAACACCGUGCCCAUCUGGGCCGUGCCGAUAUACGCCGUCAUCGGGCCGAUGAUCAUCAUCGUCGGAAUAUACAUGAAGAGGAGGAACGUGUAUGACAUGCACCAUGCCAUUCUAGGCCUUCUGUUCUCCGUGCUCAUAACUGGCGUCCUGACCGACGCGAUCAAGGAUGGCGUUGGCCGGCCGCGCCCCAACUUCUUCUGGCGCUGCUUCCCCGAUGGAGUGCCGAAUUACAACAACAUCACUGGAGGAGUCAUCUGCCACGGAGACCCGGGUGUGAUCAAAGAAGGGCACAAGAGCUUCCCCAGUGGGCAUUCUUCAUGGUCUUUUGCUGGGCUAGGCUUCCUGUCAUGGUACCUGGCCGGCAAAAUCAAGGCGUUCGAUCGCCGAGGCCAUGUGGCCAAGCUCUGCAUCGUCAUCCUGCCUCUGCUUCUCGCGGCGAUGGUCGCGGUCUCGCGGGUAGACGAUUACUGGCACCACUGGCAGGACGUGUUUGCCGGUGGAAUUCUUGGGUUGGUGGUUGCUUCGUUCUGCUAUCUGCAGUUCUUCCCGUCACCGUCUGGUGAACAAGGGCUUUGGCCUCAUGCGUACUUUGAGCACAUUCUUAGCCCUGAAGUUGAGAGGCAGCAAGUGCAGUCAACCACUAACUCUAACCACCAUCAAUCACUAUCUGGAGGUGGAGGCCAUGUUGCAAUGGAGAUGACAAGCACGAGCCAAGCAUUAGAUUCCAUGGAAGCAGGCCGCGAAGCUCGGUGACUGGAUACUGCUGUUAUGAAGCGAGCUCGUACUGUCUGUCAUUGGCAGGGGAGGAUUAUUUAUUUACCUUCGCUUUCUCUGUCGUAUUUGUAUUUGGUGUAGUAAAUAUUUUCCUUUUUUUCUCUUCUCAAGUACGUGUAGUAGAUAUUUUCCUUGUAUGCAUCUUGUAAAGGUAGGUGAAUAGAGCAUGAAUUCAUUCACGAUGGACGAUGGUCAUGCGUUUGAGGUGAUGAUGAUCGAUGCUUCAACUGCAUGAUUAGCACAACAGAAACAUUGAGUUGAGUUCUGAAUC